ACACAGAGUCACAAGUGACUUGCGGUCCUCGGACAAGGGUUUUGGCUUUUAGUAUUUGUUGGAGUCUUGCACGCAGAGAGAUUUGGAGUGUGAGAAAUGGGGAGAUCCGCGACGACAAAGGAUGCCCAAGCUCUUUUUCAUUCUCUCCGCACUGCCUACGCCGCAACUCCCAAUAAUCUCAAGAUAAUCGAUCUCUACAUUGUGUUUGCGGUUGUUACUGCUGUAAUUCAGGUAGUUUACAUGGCUAUUGUUGGAUCAUUCCCAUUCAACUCCUUUCUUUCAGGGGUUCUUUCGUGUGUGGGAACUGCGGUCCUUGCUGUUAGUCUUCGGAUUCAAGUAAACAAAGAAAACAAGGAAUUCAAGGAUUUACCUCCAGAGCGUGCUUUUGCGGAUUUUGUUCUCUGCAAUUUGGUACUUCAUUUGGUUAUCAUGAACUUCUUGGGAUAAGUCAAUCUUCUGCAAAAGAAACAAGCUUCUCCAGAUUCAGAUGGUACUCUGUGAUGCAACCAGGCAGAACGAUAGCAUUUUUCAUGGCCUUAAUUUAAAGUUCUAUCCGUUGCUGAGGUCGAUACAAGGAAAAACAGCAUUGGCCCAUAACUGAUAUAGACUUUCAAUGUAUUAGUUUGACAAAAUAUAUUCCUGAAGCCUGAAUCAUGCUAUACAGUUUAAUCUUUUUAUCUUUUUUGGUAAGACAUAAUAAUAGGUGGCCGAAGUUCUCAUAACAUAUCUUAACUAACCUUUUAUUUUUUGUCCGUUUCCCCGUAGAACUAUUAUAAUGUAUUUGUGCCUGCUGCAAAUCUACUGAAGAUUUUAAUAA